CCGGUAAGAUCUGGGACUGCACAGAUAACUAUUCGUGUCCUUGACAUCAACGAUAAUGUUCCCGCUUUCGAAAAAACGUCAUAUAAAGUAUCUGUUAGUGAAAAUGCUGUAGAAGGUGCGUUAAUAGUACAAACAAAAGCGACAGACAUGGAUGAUGGCCAAAACGGUGAGAUUGAAUACUCGUUUGGAGCACACACAUCAGAUGCAAUGAUGUCUAUUUUCAUUAUCGAUCAUAUAUCUGGAACCAUAUUUCUUAAAGGAAAGUUAGAUUUCGAAGCAAAUGCAAAUUAUGAAUUAGACAUAAGUGCGAAAGAUAAAGGCACUCCGAGAAUGGAGGGGCAUUGUACUGUUCAUGUGGAAGUUAUAGACGUCAAUGACAACGCGCCAGAAAUUAUGCUUACCUCUCAUCCUAAGCCGGUGCGAGAAGACUCCCCAAAUGGAACAGUAGUGGCAUUAAUCAGUGCAAGAGAUCUUGACUCUGGUGAUAAUGGUAAAGUAAGAUUACAGCUCCCUAAAACCUCUCAGUUUGUUCUGAAACCUUCUUUUUCCCAUAAUUACGCACUGGUUACCAGCGGUCCUUUAGACCGAGAAAAAGUCUCGGAAUAUAAUAUAGAAAUUACAGCCACUGAUUCAGGCUCUCCUCCUCUGUCCAGUAAGAAAAUCAUACCUGUCACUGUCACUGAUGUUAAUGACAACCCUCCUGUAUUCACUCAACGAAAUUAUAAUGUGUAUUUAAAAGAGAAUGGAGUACCAGGCUCUAUCCUGUACUCAGUAUCAGCAUCUGACCUGGAUUUUGGUGAAAACGCAAAGGUCUCUUACUCUAUACUGGACUCUAAAGUGCAGGACGUUUCUGUCUCAUCGUAUGUUUACAUUAACUCAGAUAACGGCAGCAUCUACAGCAUGCACUCGUUUGACUAUGAGAAACUGAAGGUGUUUCAGAUUCAGGUCCAGGCAAAGGAUCAGGGCUCUCCGUCUCUCAGCAGCAACGCCACUGUCCAUGUUUUUAUCCUGGACCAGAACGACAAUGCCCCCGCUGUUAUUUACCCCUCCUCCGCUGCCAUGGGCUCCCUCUCUCAUCAGAGGAUGCCUCGCUCCGCGAAAGCGGGUCACCUGGUUACCAAGGUGACAGCCGUGGACGCUGACUCGGGCCAUAACGCCUGGAUCUCCUACAGACUGGCGGAGGCCACAGACGCCUCUCUCUUCACUGUCAAUCUGUACACAGGGGAGGUGAGGACUAAACGCGCUGUGUCCGAGCAGGACGACUCCUCUCAGAGGCUGCUUAUAGAGAUCAAGGACGACGGGGAACCGAUCCAGUCCUCCACAGUCACGGUGUCCAUCAUACUGGAGGACGGCCUCCAUGAGCCCAUCUCAGACCUCCGACAUAAAGCGGCCGAGCCCAGCAAGAAAACUGGGAGAAUCACCCUUUAUUUGAUUCUCUCUCUGGCCUCGGUGUCCGUGCUGUCUCUGGUCACUUUCCUCAUCUUAGCGGUUAAAUGCAUCAGGAACAGCAGUAGCAGCAGCACGUGCUGCAUGAGACGGACCGACUCUGAUGAUUACAAGAACCCCAACAGAAACCUGCAGAUUCAGCUCAACACUGAUGGACCUAUAAAGUACGUGGAGGUCCUGGGAGGAGACAUGCUGUCUCAGAGUCAGUCCUUCAGGUCCUGUAUGUCUCCAAUGUCAGAGUACAGCGAUUUCACUCUGAUUAAACCCAGCAUGCACCCACGAUUCAGAGUGAAUUAUUCUACGUUCCUGGAGCGUCAAUUACCAUCAUGCACUCUAGACCUUGAUUCCUCAGCAAUGCUGAGAAUACAUAACGGCAGCAUCUACAGCAUGCACUCGUUUGACUAUGAGAAACUGAAGGUGUUUCAGAUUCAGGUCCAGGCAAAGGAUCAGGGCUCUCCGUCUCUCAGCAGCAACGCCACUGUCCAUGUUUUUAUCCUGGACCAGAACGACAAUGCCCCCGCUGUUAUUUACCCCUCCUCCGCUGCCAUGGGCUCCCUCUCUCAUCAGAGGAUGCCUCGCUCCGCGAAAGCGGGUCACCUGGUUACCAAGGUGACAGCCGUGGACGCUGACUCGGGCCAUAACGCCUGGAUCUCCUACAGACUGGCGGAGGCCACAGACGCCUCUCUCUUCACUGUCAAUCUGUACACAGGGGAGGUGAGGACUAAACGCGCUGUGUCCGAGCAGGACGACUCCUCUCAGAGGCUGCUUAUAGAGAUCAAGGACGACGGGGAACCGAUCCAGUCCUCCACAGUCACGGUGUCCAUCAUACUGGAGGACGGCCUCCAUGAGCCCAUCUCAGACCUCCGACAUAAAGCGGCCGAGCCCAGCAAGAAAACUGGGAGAAUCACCCUUUAUUUGAUUCUCUCUCUGGCCUCGGUGUCCGUGCUGUCUCUGGUCACUUUCCUCAUCUUAGCGGUUAAAUGCAUCAGGAACAGCAGGAGCAGCAGCACGUGCUGCAUGAGACGGACCGACUCUGAUGAUUACAAGAACCCCAACAGAAACCUGCAGAUUCAGCUCAACACUGAUGGACCUAUAAAGUACGUGGAGGUCCUGGGAGGAGACAUGCUGUCUCAGAGUCAGUCCUUCAGGUCCUGUAUGUCUCCAAUGUCAGAGUACAGCGAUUUCACUCUGAUUAAACCCAGCAGCACCACAGACUUUAAGGAGGUGAUCAGUGUCCUGGAUGCUUCUUUACCCGACAGCACCUGGACCUUUGAGAGCCAGCAGGGGAAAAUCCGGUUUGGAAACCACGCCCCCAUGCGGGCGCAAAUAGCAUUGCGUUAUAUGACUUAA